AUGUCUCCAGUCGCCUACGAACCAGAAUUUCAACAAGCUUACGAAGAAGUCGUCACUUCUCUGCAAGACUCCACUUUGUUCGAGAAGCAACCAAAGUACAAGAAGGUCUUGCCAGUUGUCUCUGUUCCUGAGAGAAUCAUCCAGUUCAGAGUCGCCUGGGAAAAUGACAAUGGUGAACAAGAAGUUGCCACCGGUUACAGAGUUCAAUACAACUCUGCCAAGGGUCCAUACAAAGGUGGUCUACGUUUCCACCCAAGUGUCAACUUGUCAAUCCUAAAGUUUUUGGGUUUCGAGCAAAUCUUCAAGAACGCCUUGACUGGCCAAGCCCUUGGUGGUGGUAAGGGUGGUCUAUGUGUUGACUUGAAGGGAAGAUCUAACAACGAAAUCAGAAGAAUCUGCUACUCUUUCAUGAGAGAACUAAGCAGACAUAUUGGUCAAGACACUGAUGUCCCUGCUGGUGACAUUGGUGUUGGUGGCCGUGAAGUCGGUUACUUGUUUGGUGCUUACAAGACGUACAAGAACUCCUGGGAAGGUGUCUUGACCGGUAAGGGCUUGAACUGGGGUGGAUCUUUGAUCAGACCAGAGGCCACCGGUUACGGUUUGGUUUACUACACUCAAGCAAUGAUUGACUUUGCCAGCAAGGGUAAAGAAUCGUUCGCUGGCAAGCGCGUUGCCAUCUCCGGUUCCGGUAAUGUUGCUCAAUACGCCGCUCUAAAGGUUAUUGAGCUUGGCGGUACCGUUGUAUCUCUCUCCGACUCUAAGGGCUCUAUCAUCACGGAGACUGGUAUCACCGCUGAACAAAUCGAGGCUAUUAUCGGCGCCAAGGUCCAAUUCAAGACUUUGGAGAACAUUAUUGGUGAAUACUCUGCCUUCUCCUCCAGCACUGUCAAGUACAUUGCUGGCGCCCGUCCAUGGACUCACGUUGGUAAGGUUGAUGUUGCCUUGCCAUGUGCCACUCAGAACGAAGUUUCCGGCGACGAAGCUAAGGCCUUGGUCGCUGCUGGUGUCAAGUUCGUUGCUGAAGGUUCUAACAUGGGUUGCACUGCUGAGGCCGCUCACAUCUUUGAAGGUCAACGUGUGUCCACCAAGUCGGGUUCCGCACCUGCCGUCUGGUACGCCCCCGGCAAAGCCUCCAACAUGGGUGGUGUUGCCGUGUCUGGUUUGGAAAUGGCCCAAAACUCCCAAAGAAUGUCCUGGACUAGGGAACAAGUUGACCAGGAGCUAAAGAAGAUCAUGGUCAACUGUUUCAACGACUGUCUAGAGACUGCUCGUGAAUACUCCAACGAAGGUAACGCAGAAUCUUUGCCAUCUUUGAUCAAGGGUGCCAAUUUGGUUGGAUUUAUCAGAGUGGCCGACGCCAUGUUCGACCAAGGUGACGUCUUUUAA